UUUUCCUUCUGUUUAAUGUCGGCUAAGCUCAUUGCAAUAAAAAUCAAUUUGGAAAUGAAAAAAAUGAAACCAAAAAAGCCAAAAACGCAGGGCCAAUUAAAUAAAAAGGCUGCUCAAGGCAAUCAGAAGCAAAAACCCAGUUUUAAGCAAAAAUUCAAGCCAAGGCAGCAGAAGAAAACGCAGGACAACAAACCAAACAAGGCUGAAAUGCGAAAAGUGAUUCGUCAGCAAAAGGCUGCCGAGGAGGAGGCGGAGCGCUCAAGGAUCAAAACUGAGAAAGAGGCACGCAUUAAGGCGUAUAAGAAGCAGCGCCUAGAGAAAACGAAAGCCAUCAGCAAACGGACACAACGUGGACAACCUUUGAUGAAGGAUCGUAUGCAACUGCUGCUAAAGCAGAUUGAGGAGAUGAAGCGCAACUAGGAAUGGGAAGUGUGAGCUGAGCUGAGCUGCCAGGCAAUCAAUGUGUACAAAACAGUUUCAUAUCAAACAAGUGCCAACAUUUUGGGAGUUUCCGCGCACGCUUCAAAUUAAAUUUAAUGCAACCUGUAAUAAAUUUUCACACCCUUCACA